GCCCCGGGACCAGAAGCGUUUACACCGCUGCUCUUGGAGCGAGUACUUCACGGCACUCGCAGAGAUUGCAAAGUGCAAGGACCAACACCAUGAGAUCUUCAGGAGCCCGCAGAGCCCCCAGUUGUGGGGUGCUGGAGCUGCAUGUCUUUUGUGUUCCGGAUGACCUGUGGAACAACGCACUGAACACUGUUUCCACCCACGCCAUUAGUAAAUUCAUCUCUGUCGGGUUUGUCAGGGUACUGCCUGACCUGAGUUUGAAGGCACUAAGGCUGCAGAUUGGAAAUCUCCUGGGAGCUGAGACAGUCGAUGAUAAAUUUGCCUUUCUGAAAUGUGUGGGGAGGAGUUUGGCCGUGGUCAGAUCGAAGCAAGAACUGGAACUCAAGGUGAAGUCCUUCGCACCUCCUCAUGCUCCCCAACCAGAACUCUACAUACUGCACUGCGCAGGGUUCAUUGGCAGAAGAUGGAUGAGUGGGACGUUGAGGCCUGGAUCUCUGCAACGUCCUAGAAAAGGUUCAGACACCUACGUCCUUCAUCCAGGACUGCCCUUGGAUGGCAAUGAGUCUUCAGGUGGCUGCAAGUCCUCCAGUUGCACGUGCCAUGUGUGUGUUGACAAGGGACUGGGCAGGCACCACGACUACUUAACGGAACGCAGACCAGUGAGUUCCAACCGAGACGAGAAGAAUACAAGGGGAGAGCAGAAUUCCAACAGGCUUCACCUUGCAGGGUCCCCAGAGAUGACUGGGAACGACCAGCAUCGCACAUCAACAAGUGGACCUUCAGAGAAUGGGGAUUUGAGAGAAUUUAAAGGCGAUGACUUUCCGCAGUCAGAUGUGUACUGUGCCUGGGAGCACGGGUUACCAACCGAAAAAAUCUCGAGACCCUCCCAGCCGAGGAUAAUGAGGGAUCGACUGGACGAGCGUCCGGCUCAGCUGCGGAAACAAGACUCCGGGACAGAAGUUUCUUCCGUGGGACCUGGUCUAAUGCUUAGCCAUUCAAUUCCAAAGGAAACCAGGAUCCACAGCAAUAACACAAUGGAUUCGGGAAUCCCAGAAUCGCUGGAUGACAGGGAUGUGGAAUACUUAGAAAAUCAAAGAAAAAAAAGUCAGCAAGCUGGUCGAGAUCCAGGAUCCAGAAGUGUUGGACAAGACAUCAGCCAGACACCGGGCAGCAGUGGCAGAGAAUUGGAUUAUUCACUUGGUGAGAAGCAGUAUUCCCCUCCGCCACCUCCACCUCUCCUGACUGCCGAUGUACAAAGGCCCCACAUGCCAACAGACACGGAAGAACUUAUUGCACAGAUAAAUGCUGUAAAACAAGAAAGAAAAAGCCUUGAGAAGACGAGGGAAGAGCUGGUGAAAAAGGCAAAGUCGUUGUUAUCACAGAACAGACUGAGGCAAAACCAAGUGCGUGACAGCUGGAAGAAGCAAUACUUUGAGGCAAAGAAGGCGACGGGUCUGCUGGAAGGGACGACCGUCAGAUUACGGCUGGAGUUGGAGACCUUCUACCAGAAGCUGCUGCAUCAGCUGAGCGCCCGAGUAACCAGGAGACGGCUCCGCAAACUGCCCCCUACCAGCGCUUCCAAAAAUGAGCUAAUCAUUCAGAUUACAACACUCAAGCACGAAAUUGAUCAGCUUUAUCGAAGACUGGAAAGUGCCAAAAUGAAGUUGGUCACUGAGAUGAAGCUGAGGAAGCAGACUUUGACGGACCUCAAGGCCCUCCGAGCAGAGUUGGCACAGAAGAAGACUCGCUCGUCUCUGAACCGGCUGCACGGUGCCUCUACUCCCCACGGCCUGAACAUCCUUGCUGCUUAGUAAUGCGGAAGGGCACUGAGCUAUCCCGUACCCCAGCAUCACAACACCACCCGCCCCCACGUUGGCUGUGAAGUCCUUGGGUACUCACCACUCUGCAUGAAUGGAAGAUUUUGUUUUAAUCCUCAUUCGGUAAUCGCAGAGGGUUGUUGAUGUAACCCAGUCCAUCACACAGACCAAAUAUCAAUGGAUAUUUUUAAGGCAGAUAUAGAUAAUUCU